GUGCCGCGCGCCAACCCACAAUUCCCGCUGCGCGCUGCGAUCCCGCCGCUGCCGCCGCCGCUGCCGCCGCCGCCCGUUAGGGCUUCUGCAGCCGGAGACAUGUUGCAGAAACCGAGGAGCCGGGGCCGCCCUAGCUCCCAGGCGGAGAGGGACUGGGGCCGCGGCGCGGCCGAGGAGGCCCCGAGCACCUCCCGCGGGGCGGGCAGCUCCCAGGAGACCCGGAGCACAUCGUCGCAGGGCUCCCGCCGGGCCGAGGCCUGCCCGGAGGUGGGGCCCAGGUCCCAGCAGCAGCUGGAGCUGAAGGUGGCCGAGCUGGUGCAGUUCUUGCUGAUUAAGGACCAGAAGAAGAUCCCGAUCAAGCGCACUGACAUACUGAAGCACGUCAUCGGGGACUACAAGGACAUCUUCCCUGACCUCCUUAAACUGGCUGCCGAGCGCCUCGAGUACGUCUUCGGGUACAAGCUGGUGGAACUGGAACCCAAAAGCAACACCUACAUCCUGAUCAACACUCUGGAACCGGUGGAGGAGGAUGCCGAGGUGAGAGGCGAUCAGGGCACGCCCACCACCGGCCUCCUGAUGAUUGUUUUAGGUCUCAUCUUUAUGAAGGGCAAUACCAUCAAGGAAACGGAGGUCUGGGACUUCCUGCGUCGCUUAGGGGUGUACCCCACAAAAAAGCAUUUAGUCUUUGGGGACCCAAAGAAACUUAUUACCGAAGAAUUUGUGCGGCAGCGUUACCUGGAGUACCGGCGGAUACCCCACACUGAUCCUGUAGACUAUGAAUUACAGUGGGGCCCCCGAACCAACCUGGAAACCAGCAAGAUGAAAGUUCUUAAGUUUGUGGCCAAAGUCCAUAAUCAAGACCCCAAGGACUGGCCAGCACAGUACUGUGAGGCUUUGGCAGAUGAGGAGGCCAGAGCCAGACCUGAGACAGGUGGCCCAGCCGCCUCCUCUUGAAGUCUGAGACAGAUUCAGAGGGACUUCUGGGGAAGGUCAAAGGCACCGGGUGAAGGGUUAGGGGUGGGAGGGAGCAUAUUUCUGUAACGCUUAAAUGUGUGUGGAUUUAGGAUGUGUUUGCAAACUUACGUUCUCACGUUCUCUUAAUGUAAGUUAUUUGGUUCCACCUUGUCACUUUUAAAAUAUUAGGGGAUUUUGGUUUGAUUUGUUUUACCGUUGUAUAUUUUGGCGUAAAAAUUUUGCUACCAUUAUACAACUGAUUGAAAAACUUUGUACCGUGAUCUGGAACAGGUGUUUAAAAAAGAACACAUUGGUAAAUUACUUUCACGCCAAGAAAAUAAAAGCGAAGUGGUUAUUGUCUCUUCAACAGUUUGUAAGUUAAAAUAAAAACCUUUAUAAAUUAAAAAAAAAUGUAA